AUGAGCGCUGGUGCGCGGAAUCGGUACUGGCAAACUACAUGUACGAGUGUUUACCCGUCUGUCAUUCUCGCCAAGUUCCAACGUGCCCCUGUCGAACGCCCCGACGGCAUCACAGAGCUGAUUGUGGACGUCGUUUUGCAUCCAUCGUCGUUUGAGUUGACCACGCAGGCUCAUGUUGUCGGGUCAAUUACUCAGACCGCUCUACAUUUUUCCACCACCUACAGCGGCCACGCGAGGAUUCCGCUGGAGCUGAACGAGAUCCGGCAUUACAUGGACGUCCAAUUGUACCUUGGCACAAACGUUGACUCAUGGCAACCAAGCGCGUUGACCACGCAAGUGUCCAACAUUUGCAUGCAAGCCAACAUUACCGACAGCGCAUGUGCGCGUCUCUCUGCCGAGGUUGAGGCAAUUCAAGACUGGGUUCACAUCGAGAGCCGCUCGGAGCGAUUCUGCGCCCCGCUUACGUUCAACCGGCUCGCAGAUCAAGGCGUCAUGGUGUGUGUCAACUUGACUGACACAGCAAACGUGGGGUGCCCCAUGCACCAUUGCAAGCAAAUCCAAGCCAUGACAGAGUCGUUUGAGAUGCGCCAUGCUCAGCCUGGCCAUACCUACGUUGCACAGACAUACGUUCAGAUUCCAUCGACACUGCGUGGUCAAGUCGGCAUCAGUGACAUUGCCACGCUUUCCUUCACACUCGACCCGGUUCAGAUCACAUCGCCCCGUCAUGGCGCUAACGUCCUGUCCACUGGUUUCGACGUCGAGUGGACUGCAGCUGCUGGCAUGCAUGACCCGAUCUGCAUCUACAUCAAUGGCACCGAGAGAACCUGCGUUGCUAAUGACACCGCAACGUUCUCUGUGCGCGAUAUUGCCAGUGGCCCGAUGACCCUCUACGUCUUUACUUCCGCCGGUGUCAGUGCCGCCAUAUCCCUUCACGUGAUGGACGAGGCAACUGCUGUGCACGUCGCGUUCGUGACGGCGUGCGACGAAGUGUAUAUGCAAAACGGACGACUUGCAAAUCUCGUUGGAUCCAUUCACUUUUGGGAGCCAUCGGCAGCCAUUGAAAUAUACGACCUUGGACUUUCCCCCAUCAGUCGCAACGAAAUUGCAACGUGGCGACACACAACUCUGCUUCGGCUGCCGUUCGAGUCACUACCACCGCACUUCAGAGACCUCCGUCGAACGUACUCGUUCAAGCCGUGGGGGCUUUAUGAAGCGCUGCAGCGGGCGGACCACGUGCUGUGGAUCGACGCCAACAUGGAGCUGCGGCAACCCAUCGACGACAUUCGCCACAUCUUGCAAACGCACGGGGUGUUUUACACAAUUCAACGGCAGCGGUUCCCCAACACGCGAUUCCACUCGAUGGAAACCAUUCAGCGCUUCAAUUGCUCUGCCCCUUUCUACAGUCGACACCAAGUCCCCGCCGGCCUCCAAGGUUACACCCGCGGUUCAUGGGCAUACACACACGUCCUCGAGCCGCUUCUGGCAUGUGCGAUGGAGAACGACUGCAUCGCUCCACCUGGAACGAAUCGGUCUAACCACAGACAAGACCAAACGGUGCUCAACUCCCUGCUCUGCGCGCUUGACGUGAACUCGUCCCUUAUCCAGGAAGACCUCAAGUUUUGGCUUUCUUCCCACGUCGACGACCUCCGCGAGCCCCUCCAGCCGACAGCUGACCCCACGUCGAAGAACGACGUCGUCAUCUACACGCGGCGCGAACACCCGUGGAAACCGUACACGCCCUUUCUUGUGCUGCCCAAAAGCAUGGCCGGCGAGUCACGAGCGGUUAAUGACACGACUGCAUCGCUUCGGGCCAUUCUAGAGCGCGAGUCGCUUGUCCAAAUGCAAAGCCUGCUCUUGGGAUUGACGGUGGACGACCUGGAGGCGCUGGCCAAAUUUCCUACGCACCCACAUCGCUCCGUGCAUCUCUUGAUGGCGAUGGUGUACUUGAUCCUGCACGAAAGCGCCGUCCAAAACGAUUGCCUCCCACCAAGUAUGGUCCAACUCACGUGGGCUUUUCUACGAGAAACCUUGUUGCGGAACUGCGCCGCGCUCUUCCUCCGCCUUCAACGUCGACGUUUUCAUCACCCCGUGCAUCCCACCAUCACCCACGUGUGCAUGCUGUACCUGCAAGACCCUGCGUUUCGUAUCCAAGCCCUGCGCAAAGUCAGCGCCAUCGCCGCCGCAUUGGCCAGUUGGGUUGUGCUCUGUCUCCAAGCCUCUGUCCCCCGUAGUCUUGCCGACCCCGACAAGCCAGAACAGCCCCACACGACCCGCUCAGUCCCUUCGAGGCCAUCCCUUCGAUUCGUGCUGCGCCUUCAUGGAAGAUUAUUCCUCUGCUUGGUUCGAAGCUCGAGUCAUGACGCCACGAUCGAUGUAUGCGACGCCACGACCUUCCACCGCACGACAGUUCGCAGGCGAGAUUGCGCUUUCGAUGACUUGUUUCGCCACACACUGCCGCCACCUGCGUUUCGGACGUGGCUACAACACGUUUUGAACGCAUCUUUUGUCGACUGCCGUGAAGAUAUUCAACUGCCCCAUCUUCUCCCCGUGUAUUUCGUGGUCGUGUGCCCGCCCUUCGUCGUGGGGGUUGGUGUGGUGCUGGUCACUCCGACCAUGUCUCUGCGACAAUGCCGCCGUGCUGUUGAAUCCCGGUAUGGCUCGAGUGACAUGGUGAUGUACCAUCGAAGGUCCCCGGUGUCCGCUGUCAUGGAGACCAAGCUCGAUGCCCGAGCCAUUCUACCCGUCGCAUUGCUCAGCCCUCGCGAUACCAACCAUCACCUGAUGGCGCCCGCACUGAACCUGGUCGACCACAUUUCUCAUUCGCCCUUGGCGGUGUAUCGCCAGGUGAAUUCGGCCAGCGUAACGACACUGCCCCACGUCACUUUGUGCCCCAUGCACCGAUCUCUCUUGGACAUUGCGCUGGUGAUGCAGCUCACGAGCCUCCUUGGGCUGUGGGCAGCGCACGGCCAUGAAUGUGUCGCGGAAACAUGUGCCCAGAACAUUCCAAGCCACGAUGCGAGUCGCGUGGAGUCGAGUGCUUCCGAUGGAGCUGGCAAAGGCCCAAGCUGCCCUGGAAGACGCACACAAAUACCAUCACCCCCCAAACAACGACCUUACGCGGCUGAGCUCCGCGCACUGGCGGUGCAGCUCCACCUUUUCACCGAAGAGGACGUGCUUCCCGACGAGGACAAGGCAUCGAAGAAAAGGACAACUCGAUGCGUGCCCCUCCACGUCUGCGUGUCGGUGGAAUGGACCGAAGUGUCGGCGACGACGGAGCGGUACACGUGCCACGUCCUUUUCGACGCCCUGGACCCAACGACGACCCUGCGCGACGUGUUUGCGAAAGGCGCGGACUUGCGGCUUGCGGAUAGCAGUCAAGUCACGAUCGAGUCGGGGUGGGUCGACGAUGUCCGCACAUUCGACAUUUGCCGACCUGCCGGAGCCAAACCACUCCCGCCCAUGUCUAGCGUAUGGCUCAUGGUUGACGCGCAAGACGACAAGCGGCCGCAAUGGCUCCACGAUAUCCAAGCCUUCGUUACCCACCCCAUGGUUGACUUCAACGGCAGCUCACAGUGCUACAAGUACUUUGGCGUUUCGCUGCCGCUUCAUGUGCCAGAGCAGCUCGUGGAAGGGACGCUGUGGAGCCGUCAUGUCGACUGGCACGCCAUCGUGUCCAAAACUCCGUGCGACGCCCUCGUUGAUGCCAAGUUUCACGAGCUGUGCGCUUCGUACCCAGCCAACAUUUACAUCGACUCGGUCAAGUUUUCAAAAUUCAUUCGCGACUGCCACGUGCUGCCGUCCAUGCUCGCGAUGGGGUCGCUCGACGGCAUCUUCCAUCGUUUUGCGUUGCUCCGGUUUCAAAUGGAUUUGGAAGGGUUUCGAGCCGCGAUCGCUCUCGUCGUCCACCACGUGACAAGGUCCCAUCGCAACGGCACGAUGGCGCCGCUCUUGUACUUUUUCCUGCAUUUUAUGAUCUUGUCACCGAGCAUGCGGGGCAAUUGGGACCAAACGAUGGAAUCGUAUCGAAUGGAGGCCAAGAUGCACGCGAUGGACGUAUUGGCGCGACAAAUCUGCGCGGCGACGCGUGUGCAGGCCAGGUAUCGGAGCUAUGUUGUCUACGGUCACUUCAAACACCAUUGGGCAAUGAUACGACGACGUCGUCAAGCAGCGACAACGAUUGUUAGUUGCUUCAAAAUGCUGCACUGCAUGCGCCAGUUCAAAGACAUGCAGCGGGUAGCCGCCAUGGAACGUGCGUGGGAGCUCGCACGAUUGGAAAAACGCCGGCGUGAGGAAGCAGAGCGGGCGUUCGUUGUGACAUGCCAAGUGAGGCUCCAGGUGUGGGUCAAGUACCGUCUGUGGAAGAAACGUCGAUUCAGAGCACGAUGUCCCGAGUGGAACGCGCACAUCCAGCGCCUACGAACACGAAAGCGGCUGCUCAUGUCGCGGCUGGCGUAUCGUAUUGGAGGCAACCUCAUGCUCGUGUCAGUCUUCCGAAGCCAUAUCGACCAGUCCAAGAAUUCCCAACUCCACUUGGAGGUGUACCAACCGUCCGACAGUCGCACGUACACCUUCGAUGUGCAUGAGGGCGCGCUGCAAGACAUUUGGGCGGCUGUGGUCGAUCACGACAAGCCUGACCCAAGCAAGCUUCGCAGUCGGCUGGAGGGGUUGCUCCGUCGGCUUUACGUAAAUACAGCAGUGCAUCGCGUCAAAAUGCAUGCGUCUGACGAUCGGUGUGGCCGAGGGCGGUUGUUGCAACGACUGGGGUGUCGACUCCAUGAGACGACGUGGAUUGCAUCCGUCUUCCUGCGUCAUUCUCACGUCGACGUUCUCCUCUACGCCCCAUCGACGUCCCGCGCGACCAAGCAUGAGUUGGACAUGGCCUUUGUUCAAUCGGUUCUCGAGAUGGCUCAUCCCAGUCGCUCGACACCAUCAAGUGUGUGCUGUGGCGUCGCCGUCGAGUCGACGUAUAGGGAUGAGAUUUCGUGCAGACGAUUUGUCGCACAAGCGUUCGAGUGCGAGGCACACGAAGUCGCCCGAUCGCAUCUGCGCGUGUUGAUUCGUUAUGUCGCUGUGCAUGGCUCCACAACGCCUGCACCCGCACUGUUUCAACCUGCGAAACCUGUCCAGGACACGAAACAACCACGUGCGAUACGUCGGAUGUACUCGAUCGAGGAUCGAUACAACGCAUCGACGCGACUCCAAGCCGUCUGGAUGGGCUUUCGCACCCGCCAAGCCGUUGCGACAAUGCUCCAGGCCAACUUUGCCAUUUCGUUCGAUCCGACGGCAGGCCACGUGUGGUUCCAAAGCCACACGACGGGGCAUUGCUUUGCAUCGCCACCCCUCCGUCGGUUUAUUUCAGUGACGUAUCCACCGCCACCAAACGAAUGGCUGCCUCAAGACGACGACCAUGGCAGGGUGUACUUCUUCAACCCGUCGCGUGGCGUUGCGAGUUGGUUCAACCUGGAUACGGCAGCGUUGAAGGUCCAGCGGGCCUAUCGACAUCGCCGGCACGCAGCCAUCGGGCGCCUCACGAUGCAGCACCUGGCGAAAGCCGUGGCAUACCACCACUUGAUCGGCGGAUCGAAUCGAGUCACGCCCGACACGUCGUCGGUUGACAUCGAGCGCAUGGCGCUUCACCAUCACACACUUACCCACAACUUCUCCAAAGCCAUUGCGCUGUACGAACAACUCCUGGAAAACUAUCCUUCCCACGAAGUUGUCGCAUCCACGUGUUUGGCGAUACUGCUUCUCGCGACCGGCCGCGCCCCGCUCAAGAAAAAUGCGGCUCGAGCCAGCGCGCUACUUAAGACCGCCAAACGGAUGGACAAGUCGUUGGCCGCCGUGAAGGCACUCGAACUGACGUGCUUUCGAUGGGCUGUGCUUGUCGCGCCAAACGAUGCCAUUGCGAUGGCGAAUUAUGCACUCUUUGCCGAGGUGGUGCUUGACGAUAUCGACAAGGCCGAGCUGCUAUAUCGCCGGGCAUUAGCGCAAGACUCGGGACACACUGUGACCGUUGAAAACUACGCAAACCUGGUCAAGGAAAGAACUCCGCAUGGGCGAUACGCCACUGCAGGCCCUGGGCGAGUCGCGCUCCAACGAGCAUGCAUCGUGGCGACUGUUGGGCCUUGGCACCAGCUUCGCGAUAGCCACAACAACACCACGUUCUGGAGCAAUUUCAAGACCAAGCAGGUGCAGUGGGACCCGCCAGAAGGGUCGACACCAACAUGAACACUUGCCCCAACAAAAAUGGAUGCGAUUCCCUCGGAUGGUCGUGUUCAAAGUUCAUAUCACGCUCGGAAGAAAGAGCUCGUGCCAUCGAUGGAAGUCGUUUCUACCGGCCGCAUGGGAUAGCUGUAAGCGCCGAUGAUAUCGCGAGUAAACUGGUGUUCUUCGCCGAAUGUACCCCUGUCAUGAGUCGUGGGGUCGUUCAGUAGGCGAAUCUCUUCGUUUGUCAUUGACUCCAGCACCGCUUUGUCUUGCUCUUCCUCGAACUUCAGCUAGACUGAAUGGAUGGGUGAAUAAGCACAGCAACCGCGUCCAAUACUUGGUGGUGUCGUUGUUUACUACCGUGACGUGAACGCUCACCACCACAACUUGUAGACCUUUCUUGAGACAGCUCAACUGAACAACUAUGAACCGCACGACCAAGUUGAUCCGUGCGGUAAGGUGUGCGUGGACGCACGUCGGCGAACUGACUACCGGGCAGGGAAGUCGAGAUGCCGCUACUGACGGGGGAAGAUUACAAGUACAUCUUGGUACUUGGACGAGCGGUCGCCGCCUAGGUGUGUCGCUGCGAUGGUUCAAAGGUCGGUUUGUCGACCAGGAUUUUCUCUUAUUUGUAAUUUGUAUUGGUAUACAAAUACCAAGUAUAAAUAUCUGAG